AUGCAGAAGCAAGGGGGCCCAACGUGGACGAGAAGGGCCCUGCUUCUUGGCAUCCUCUGGGCCACUGCGCACCUGCCUCCCCAGGGCGCCUCCCUGCCCCGGCGUCUCCCGAGGGCCACAGAAAACGGCACCCAGUGUGCUACUUCUCCUUCGUCUGAGUUUCCUGAAGGGUUUUUCACAAAACAGGAGCGAAUGGAUGGGGGCAUCAUAAUCUACUUCCUAAUCAUCUUCUACAUGUUCCUGGCGGUAUCCAUUGUCUGUGACGAGUACUUCCUGCCCUCCCUGGAGCUCAUCAGUCAUUCCCUUGGACUGUCUCAGGAUGUUGCAGGUGCAACGUUCAUGGCAGCCGGCAGUUCAGCUCCUGAAUUAGUUACUGCUUUCUUAGGUGUAUUCAUAACAAAGGGAGAUAUUGGGAUUAGCACCAUUCUUGGAUCUGCAAUUUAUAAUCUCCUUGGCAUCUGUGCGGCCUGUGGCUUGCUAUCUAAUGUGGUUUCCACGCUCUCCUGUUGGCCCCUAUUCAGAGACUGUGUGGCUUAUGCAAUUAGUGUAGCAGCAGUUCUUGGUAUAAUAUUCGACAACAAAGUUUACUGGUAUGAAGGAACCUUCCUGCUUUUAAUAUAUGGAUUAUAUGUCUUGGUGCUGUGCUUUGAUAUGCAAAUUAGCCAAUAUAUUAUAAAGAAAUGCAGUGGCUGCUGCACCUGUCUUAACAAAGCCAUGGAGGAGAGAAGUGAACAACAGUCAUUGAUAGGAUGGGAAGAUGAGGGUCAGCCAUUCAUUCGUCGGCAAUCAAGAACAGAUAGUGGAAUAUUUCAUGAAGAUUCUGGCUACUCCCAGCUUUCUCUAAGUUUACAUGGUCUUAGUCAGGCUUCUGAAGAUCAACCAAGUGUAUUCAGCAUGCCUGAAGCAGACUUGAAAAGAAUUUUUUGGGUAUUAUCUCUUCCUAUUAUUACAUUACUUUUUCUAACCACACCGGACUGCAGAAGAAAAUUUUGGAAAAAUUAUUUUGCAAUAACCUUUAUCAUGUCUGCACUAUGGAUAUCUGCAUUUACAUAUAUCCUGGUUUGGAUGGUCACAAUAACUGGGGAAACAUUAGGAAUUCCAGAUACAGUAAUGGGCCUUACUUUAUUAGCAGCAGGAACAAGCAUACCAGACACCAUUGCAAGUGUGCUGGUUGCAAGAAAAGGUAAAGGAGAUAUGGCUAUGUCUAACAUUGUGGGAUCCAAUGUGUUUGAUAUGCUGUGCCUAGGUGUUCCAUGGUUUAUUAAAACAGCAUUUAUAAAUUCAUCUGCUCCAGUAGAAGUGAACAGCAGAGGACUAACUUACAUAACUAUCUCUCUCAAUAUUUCAAUUGUUUUUCUUUUUUCAGCAGUUCACUUCAAUAGAUGGAAACUUGACAGAAAGUUGGGAGUAGUCUGCCUAUUAAUAUACUUGGGGCUUGCUACAUUAUCAGUUCUAUAUGAACUUGGGUUUAUUGGAAAUAAUAAAAUUUGGGGCUGUGGAGAUUAA